AUGUCCAACCUUUACAAGAUCCCGUUUUAUGCGCUAGCACACACACUAGCCGCAAAUCUCCCGUCAACCGAAGAGAUUGAGGCCGGCGAAGAGAUCAACACCAAGUUCUUCGACGGCCAAUACAUCGGGGAGAACAUGCUCUUUGUCAGCGAGCAGACAGACAUCCCGAUACCGCGAGUCUACGCCAUCUAUCAAAGGGAGCACUCUUCCGGUCGCACGUGGACAUACAUCAUCAUGGAGUACAUUGAGGGCCGGCCUCUGAACCAGUGCUGGGCCUCCUUGGACAUCGCGACAAAGGAGUCGAUCGGCUCCCAGUUGCGUGCUUCGCUCGACCAGCUUCGCAGCCUCGCUCCACCGGACUACUUGGGGAGCCUUGACCGCCGCCCACUCUACGACGACCUGUUCCUCACGGAUGAGGAGGAGAUGCCACGCAUCAACGGUCCGUUCGCGUCGGUAGCCAACCUCGCCGAGGCUCUGGUCCUGAAGCUUCAGCACGAGGACGACGGGUUUCCCGCCGAGAGAGCGGCCUACUACCGGCGUGUUCUGUCUCGUGUCUUGCGCGGCGACGGCAACAUCAGGUUCACGCACAGCGAUCUUCAAACCAAUAAUCUCAUGCUGAGGCCGGACGGCAGGGUGGUCAUUCUGGAUUGGCAGUCGGCGGGUUGGUACCCUUCGUAUUGGGUAUACUCUGUGGCUCUCGUUGGUUGCGGUUUGUGGGAGGAUGACUUCCACGCUUGGGUUCCCAAAUUCCUGGAUGAACAUCCGAACGAGUAUCUGUGGUUGGAAAGUAUUCGUACUUCUCUUUGGUAUUAA